UGAUCUUAGUGCUGAUGCGUCUUGUUGAUGCCUUCUAGCGUUGCAUGCGUAACCUGGGGAGUUGCCCUGCCUGAUUUCCAGACAUUCAUAUCAUAGUACCUAGUUACCUAAUCUUUUAUCUCUCUCUAACUAAGUACUUACUUCCCGGUGCGAAGCAUCAGGAGUCUGGGACUCUGCCAGAUCUAUCUCCUGCAGCUUCUUCGACCAGGGCGGCAGUCCACCCAGAAACAAGGGACCGAAAUGUCUGGAAAUACAGAUUUAUCCAAAGAUGUGCAACUUGCAAAUGCACCCGAGGACAGUGUCUCCGACCUAUCAUGGUCGUCCGCGGGAAACUAUCUAGCUGUCGCAUCGUGGGACAAUAAAGUUCGGAUUUACGAUGUGACGCAGAAUGCAACGGGCGAAGGAAAGGCAAUGAUCAGUUUUGAUGCUCCGGUUUUGAGCUGUCGGUGGUCUAAGGACGGAUCCAAAGUUGUCGGCGCAGGCGCAGACAAUACAGCCCGACUACUCGACCUCGCCGCCAACGGGGCACCAGCACAGCAAGUCGCCGCACACGACGCUCCCAUUAAAUGCGUGCGGUUUUUCGAAGCGCCCAAUUCCAAUGCCCCUAUGAUUGCCACGGGGUCAUGGGACAAGUCCGUCCGGUACUGGGACCUUCGACAAUCGAAUCCCGUCGCGACGCUGCAGUGUCCUGAAAGAGUCUAUUCGAUGGAUAUCAAAGACAAGCUCUUCGUUAUUGGAACUGCUGAACGGCAUAUCAAUAUAGUUAAUCUUGAUAAUCCGACGACGGUUUUCAAGACGCUUACGAGUCCGCUUAAGCAGCAAACGAGGGUGGUCAGUUGCGUUUUGGACGCGUCGGGGUUUGCGGUGGGGAGUAUUGAGGGGAGGGUUGCGUUUCAUUAUGUUGAUGAGAAGAAUUCAAGUCAAAACUUCUCCUUCAAAUGCCACCGUGAAACACCAAGCAACAACAACAGCAAAGUCUAUUCCGUCAACGCUAUCUCCAUCCAUCCCGUCCAGGGCACCUUCGGCACCGCCGGGUCAGACGGAACAUUCCACUUCUGGGAUAAAGACGCUCGCUCUCGUCUAAAAGGCUACCCUAGCGUUGGGGGUUCUAUCCCUGCCACUGCAUUUAACAAGGACGGAACCAUCUUCUCAUACGCUGUCAGUUAUGACUGGAGCCAGGGAUUCUCGUUGAAUACGGCACAAUAUCCGAACAAGAUCAUGCUACAUCAGACGAGUGACGACGAGUGUAAGAAGAGGACAUCGACGAAGAAACGAUGAAGACAAUGGAACGUGUCUAAUCCGGAAGUAAUUGGAUGGGGGAAAAGCGCUUUUUCUUUUUUGUUGUUGUCGGAGUAUUAUCGGUGCGGAGAAGCCUCUUUGAGGCUUCCCCCUUUCUGUAU